AUGGAAUUAAAAGAGACAUCAUAUUCUUUGAGAAUAUUUCAAUUUGUUGUAGCUUUUUUGAUUCUUUUAUUAGAAUUUAUUGCAGCUAUAGGAUUCAAAGCUAACUACUACGAUAAACCAACUCAUGGAUUACACUUUUUGUAUUGGGUAACUUUAAUAACACAAAAUUUAUACAUGCGUAAGGAUUAUUUACCUCAAUGGAAAUCCGGAAACCAUAUUUAUAAAGUAAUUAGUGACUGUAUUACUCUUUUCACUUGGUUAUCUUUAUGCUUAUUAAAUAUUUCCCCGGCAUUACAUAAUGAAAAACUUGAUUGUGGUGACAAAUCAGGCUCAUCUCUCACUCGUUGUCGAUUAUUUUUAACAAAUCUCUCUUUGGGAUGGAUAUUAAUUCCUACUUUUAUAGGUUCAUUAUUUAUUUCAAUUUAUCGAUGGAAAAAUAAUGAAUCAAUUACAUCAUCAAUACCUAUGAAUAAAGUGAAUAAUAGUCAUAUUCCAAAAACGUCCAGACCACUUUCCUACUCUGUGCAAAAAGGAGUUUUGGAUGGUCAACCUGUUUUGAUUUUUAAUGAUAAAAGAAAUAGUUUUUAUAAUAGUUCGACUAAUACGAGAACACCUUCUUAUCCUGAUAAUACUUACCACUCUGGUUCUAGUCCAGAUCUUAUAAAUGAUUCUUUCGAACACCCAGCACGUGAUUAUAAUUCGAAAAGUUGA